AUGGCUGAUGACUUGAGCCUGUCUACAACAUUCAUUCCUUCUUUGUAUAAGCCUGCAGCGCUGCUGCCAAUCGCCCGGCAUAGAGAAAGUCUACUAUAUACGAUUGAGACUUUUCCAGUCACAAUCGUUGUUGGCCAGACUGGAAGUGGGAAAACCACGCAGUUGCCCCAAUACCUCGAUCAGGCAGGAUGGACUAGCGACGGGAAGAUCAUCGGCGUCACCCAGCCGCGCCGUGUAGCAGCAACUACAGUCGCGCGACGAGUGGCCGAUGAGAUGCGAUGCCAGCUUGGGGAAGAUGUAGGCUACUCUAUUCGAUUUGAAGAUGUAACGUCUGCGGCCACUCGGGUCAAAUUUCUUACAGAUGGAUUACUCCUUCGAGAAGCUCUGGUUGAUCCGCUGCUCUCUCGGUACUCGGUAAUCAUGGUAGACGAGGCACAUGAACGCUCUCUUAGCACCGACAUUCUGCUAGGCAUUUUGAAGAAGAUUCGCAAGAAGCGCCCUGAGCUCCGGCUCAUAAUCAGCAGUGCUACUCUACAAGCCGAGGAGUUCUUGCGAUUUUUUGCUGAUGACGAGACUCCGAGUGCUGAAGAGGCCAAGGAGCCAGGAAGUGAUAUCGGUCGUAUUAUAAGCCUUGAGGGCAGAAUGUAUCCUGUUGAUAUUCUCUAUUUGGAUACACCGGCAGAAGACUAUGCUGAAAGGUCAAUCAAGACUGUAUUUGACAUUCAUUCACAGGAGGAUGACGGUGAUAUCUUGAUCUUCCUGACCGGGCGUGACGAAAUCGAAAAGGCUAUCCAGAUGAUUUCUGAGCGGGCUGCAAUGCUUAACCCAAAGGCCAAACGUCUCCUCCCUUUGCCGCUUUAUGCUGGCUUAUCGACCGAGCAGCAGAUGUAUGUCUUUGAGCCCGCCCCGGAGAACAUGAGAAAGGUGAUCGUCUCUACAAAUAUUGCCGAAGCGUCUGUGACAAUCGAUGGUAUUGUGUACGUCAUUGACUGCGGUUUUGCGAAAAUCCGAGCAUAUAACCCGACGACUGGAGUGGAAACGUUGACAGCAACGCCUAUAUCCAAAGCUUCGGCUACCCAACGGGCCGGACGAGCCGGAAGAACGAAGCCUGGCAAGUGUUUCAGACUAUAUACCCAGCAAUCCUACGAGGCGUUACCACAGGUGACCAUACCAGAAAUUCAAAGGUCUAAUCUGGCCCCUGUUGUGAUGCAGUUAAAAGCUUUGGGUAUUGACAACGUGAUUCGAUUUGAUUUCCUCUCGCCCCCUCCAGCUGAAUUGGUGAUUCGUGCGCUAGAGCUACUAUUUUCUCUUGGGGCUGUGGACGACUAUGCAAAACUCACUAAACCUCUCGGCUUUCGAAUGGCAGAGCUCGGUGUGGAGCCAAUGAUGGCGAAGGUGCUACUUAGUGCCCCUUCAUUCCACUGUCUCAGCGAAAUUCUCUCUAUCGCCGCCAUGGUGAGUUUACAAGGGGCUGUAUGGGUCCAGCAUGAUGGCGAUAGAGGAGAAGCAGAGAGUGCAAAAAGAAAGUUCGCGGUCGAAGAGGGCGACCACAUGACGUACUUGAACGUGUACCAGGCCUUUGUCACCAAGGGCAAAAAGGAGUCCAAGUGGUGUCGUGACAAUCUCUUGAACUUCAAGUCUCUAUCUCGCGCUGUCAGCAUCCGCAGUCAGUUGAAGCGGUACCUCGAGCGGUUUGGAAUGCAGGUGGAUGAAAGCCUAUCUAAACCACACUCUCAAGCCGAUACGAACAAACCUGAGCAGAUCCGGCGAUGCCUCACCACUGGUUAUUUCGCACAUGUCGCAAAGAUGCAGCCUGAUGGAACUUUCAAGACUGUGAGCGGAGGCUUGACUCUGCAUGCCCAUCCAAGUUCAUUGAUGUUUAACCGCAAAGCCGAUUGGGUUGUGUUCCACGAGAUACUAGAAACUGGGGACAAGGUCUUCAUUCGUGAUAUCACCAAAAUCGAGAAGAGCUGGCUUCUCGAAUAUGCUCCAGAUCAAGCUUUCGUUCUUCUUCUUCUUCUUCUUCUCUUUGUCAUUUUCCUCCUCUUCUUUUCUUCCCAGGCAUGGUCUCUGUUUGAUUCUUUCGCCAUCGCGCUGGCCAAGACAAUGUCGGGUCAUCAUCACCACGAUCACGGCGCAGGCGGCGGCGGCCAUUGCCACGACGAGGGCCAUGACCACUCUAAUGACAUCACGCCGGCUCUCCAGUCGCUGCUUUACUCGCAAAUCCAAUUUGACACUGUUAAUACUCUGAACGAAUCCGUUCCUCGUGCUGGGGCUGCUAUCCUUCAGAAGACAUGGGCUGAACGAUUGAAUGAUCACCCGGAGCUCGAGAGUGACGCCGACGAACAGCUUCUUAUGUACAUUCCCUUUGCAGGACAGGUGAAAUUGCACGCCCUUCUCAUCUAUACAGCUCCAACUCCGGCCGCACCCAAGAAUCUCAAACUGUUCAAGAACCGCGACGACCUGGACUUUUCAACCGCAUCAGAACUAACACCCACUCAAAAAAUCGAAGUGCCGCAGCCAGUUCCAGGCACCGAUGUUUUUGAAAUACCGUUGAACCGAGCUCUGUGGAACACAACAACCUCCAUCACCUUGUUCGUCGAAGAUAAUUGGGAUGAUGAGGAAAUUACCAAAGUCGGGUACAUUGGCUUCAAGGGCCAGUUUAUGGCCUUGAACCGUGAACCUGUCAACGUGAUGUACGAAGCAGCAGCAAACCCGAAUGAUCAUGUUGCUAUUCCGGGCGUGCAGGGAAUGGGUGGAAGGAUCAUGCCGGGGCAGUGA